GUGUGUGUGUGUGUGUGUGUGUGUGUGUGUGUGUAGGAGCAGGGAGGAGUAGCUAUUACAGAAGUGCCAGCAAUGUGAAGCAUCGACACCCACAGACUUAUUAGCCUGCUUCGGAGCACAGGACUCCAUGAAAUAUAGCACUAGGAAUCCUGAGCCUUUGACUUAUUUCAGCACAAGCCUCCUCUUUCGAUCUGCCACGCACGUGGUUUACACUGGCUCCCACUUUUCUACCCCCAGUUUUGCAGCUCUUGAAGCUAAGUGUGUUAGCCAUCGAGGGCAGAUGACCCUAAUAAAUCUGUCCAACUCUAUUUCCGAUUCAGACAUGACUUACCUCUUCUUUUGUAGGAACACUUAUCUGGAGAUGAAUAUGAGAAAUCCCAACCAAGUCGAAAAGAAAAAAGUUUAGGAUUGUUGUGUCAUAAGUUCUUAGCACGAUACCCUAACUACCCCAACCCUGCUGUGAACAAUGACAUCUGUCUUGAUGAAGUAGCUGAAGAACUUAAUGUUGAGCGGCGACGCAUUUACGAUAUCGUGAAUGUCCUAGAGAGUUUACACAUGGUGAGCCGCCUGGCCAAAAACAGAUACACUUGGCACGGGCGACAUAAUCUCCACAAAACCCUGGGGACUUUGAAAAGCGUCGGGGAAGAGAACAAGUAUGCCGAGCAGAUUAUGAUGAUCAAGAAGAAAGAAUACGAACAAGAGUUUGACUUUGGUAAGACCAUCAGCCUAGAGGAUCAUAUCAUCAAAUCGAACACCGGCCAGAAUGGACACGCGGACAUGUGUUUUGUUGAACUCCCUGGAGUGGAAUUUCGGGCAGCUUCUGUAAACAGCCGCAAAGAUAAGUCUCUAAGAGUGAUGAGCCAGAAGUUUGUGAUGCUGUUUCUGGUGUCGACGCCUCAGAUAGUAAGCCUAGAAAUUGCUGCCAAGAUUCUAAUUGGGGAAGACCACGUGGAAGAUUUGGAUAAAAGCAAGUUUAAAACAAAAAUUAGGAGGUUGUAUGAUAUAGCUAAUGUCCUGAGUAGCCUGAAUCUUAUCAAGAAAGUUCAUGUUACGGAAGAAAGGGGCCGAAAACCAGCUUUUAAAUGGACAGGCCCAGAAAUCAGUCCAAAUCCCAGUGGACGUGGCCAAGUCCUUCCUUUCCCCCAUUCCGAUCUAGAAGUGAAGCGGCCUUCAAAAGACAACUGUGCCAAAAACCUCUUUUCCACGCGUGGGAAACCAAACUUCACUCGACACCCAUCUCUGAUCAAACUGGUUAAGAGCAUAGAAAGUGACCGAAGAAAGAUAAAUUCUGCUCCCAGUAGCCCCAUCAAGACAAGCAAAGCUGAGAGCGCUCAGAAUCCGGCACCCUUCCCAAGUAAAAUGGCUCAGCUCGCAGCUAUUUGCAAAAUGCAGUUAGAAGAACAGUCAAGCGAACCCAGCAAGAAAGCGAAGGGACAGCUGGAAAGAUGUGGGCACUGCAAACCAAUGUCUCCUCUGCACACCCCAGCAAACGCUGAGCUGGAACUGACGGCCCCGCCCCUCAUCCAGCCCCUGGGGGUGGUCCCCCUCAUCCCCAGCCCAUUAUCACCUGCAGUGCCCAUGAUCCUACCUCAGGCCCCUUCAGGCCCAUCCUAUGCCAUCUACCUGCAGCCUGCCCAUGCCCAGACCGUGACGCCACCCCAAGGCCUGAGCCCGACAGUCUGCCCCGCCCCCUCUUCUAAAGCUACAAGAUCAAAAGACUCCACAGAUGCCACCACCGAGAAGGCAGCCAAUGACGCCACCAAAUCUGGUGCCUCCACCAGGCCUGGAAGCUUGCAGCCAGUGCCUGAGAGACCAGGUGCGAAGAACCGAGACAAGGAGCCUGCUGGAGAAAGAGGCUCAAAGAGGGCAAGCAUGCUCGAGGACAGUGGUUCCAAAAAGAAAUUUAAAGAGGACCUGAAAGGACUUGACAGUGUCUCCACAGCCUUGUUCCCAUCAGGAUACCUAAUCCCUCUCACCCAGUGCUCAUCCCUGGGGGCAGAGUCUAUUCUGUCUAGUAAAGAAAACUCAAGUACACUUUCCCCAAACCACAGGAUCUACAGCUCCCCAAUCACAGGUGUCAUUCCAGUGACAUCAUCCGAACUCACUGCUGUUAAUUUUCCCUCUUUUCACGUAACACCUUUGAAGCUAAUGGUCUCACCAACUUCCGUGGCAGCUGUACCUGUCGGGAACAGCCCGGCUCUCACUUCGAGCCACCCCAUUCCCGGCCAGAACCCGAGCUCAGCCAUUGUAAACUUCACAUUGCAGCACUUGGGACUCAUCUCCCCCAGUGUGCAGGUGUCUGCCAGCCCCGGAGCCGUUCCUGUGUCUCCAAGAAUAGACCCUGUUAGUGUUGUACCAGAAAAUGCAGGUACUCAGCAAGGAAGGGCCACCAGGUACGACUCUCCAGUCCCCGGCCAGAACCAACCAAGUGGACAAUCAGUUGCUGCGACAGGGGCACAACAGCCUGUUCCUGUGACACCCAAAGGGUCACAGUCAGUGGCCGAAAGUUUCUUCCGUACCCCAGGCGGACCAAUGAAGCCAAUGGGCCUAUCCUGCAUGGAUUUCGAUGGUGCUAAUAAAACCUCUGUGGGAACUCUCUUUGUCCCACAGCGAAAACUGGAAGUCUCGACAGAGGAUGUCCAUUAAUUGACAGAUCUGGCUUCAUUUAAUUUUCUAAAGAGUUGUUUAAUGAGAAGAUAUAAUCAGACUGAUUUGGAGAACAUAUUCUCUAAAAAUAUUGUAAAUAUGUUGGGGGUUUACUUAAUUUCAAAGCAGACACUUGUUUCUCUACACACACACACACACACACACACACACAUAUAUUUGUACUAAGCCAAUUUCAGCCAUCAGUCCUAUCAGAUAAAAGCAAAAAGUUGAACCUCAGGUAUAUUAACUGCCGGGGCAGGGGGGGAGGGGGGGAAGGAUUCAUUGUCUCAGCUGUGCCUAUGCUAUUAUGCAAAGUAACUAUAUUAAAGUUGACUUCCCUUUGAGUGAAUAUGUGACAUGCCCAACGCCGCAUCGUCUUCAACUUUGCACAAUGAAAAUGCUGUGAUGUAUAAUGUUGUAUUUUUAAAUAGGAGGGCUAUAGCUGUAUUUUUUGUAAUUUCUUUAAUCUGUUCUUGUUGCAGUGUGUCCUUUUGUAAAGUUUGCAACAAUCCUCAAUCAAGUCUAUGGAAAAAUUAUUUAUAAACUGUAUUUUUAAUCAUAAAUUGUUCAAAUUAAAACUUUUCUA